AUAUAACCUCUCAAAAAAAAAAACAUUUUUGACCUUCACAUAAAACCCAGCAAAACGCAGAAGGAAAAAGGGAGAGAGGGGGAAAAGCAACAAUGGCUCAUAGUUUGCCAACCUUAAACCCUCCAAAAACCCUAAACAGAAAUCUUAAAUCAAUCAACCAGCCAAUCUUUUUCUUGUCACAAACAUCACUACCAUCAAAGAUUACAAAAUUCAAGAAAUACCCAUCAAUUACUAUGUCAAGCCAACACCAAAAUCUAGUACCCCAUGUAGCCUUAACCAACAACGACCAGCAUAAGGAAGAAGUCAUGACCUUUAUCAAAAAUUCAAUAUCUAAUUGCCUAUCUGAAACUCAUCUUCAUUUAACUGUACCUCAGCUCAACUCCAAAAUCAGAGGCAAGGUUAGAGAUAUAUAUGAUGGAGGGGAUUAUCUUGUAAUGGUGACAACAGAUAGGCAAAGUGCAUUUGAUAGAAUUCUUGCUUCUAUACCGUUCAAAGGCCAGGUGCUUAAUGAGACUAGUUUAUGGUGGUUUAAUAAGACUCAACAUAUUACUCCUAACGCUGUGGUAUCGGUACCUGAUAGAAAUGUAACUAUUGCGAAGAAAUGCUUGGUUUUCCCUGUUGAAUUUGUUGUACGAGGAUAUGUUACUGGAAGCACUGAUACAUCACUUUGGACAGUCUACAAUAAAGGGGUUCGCAACUAUUGUGGCAAUCACCUUCCUGAUGGUUUGGUGAAAAAUCAAAAGCUUACAGAAAAUAUACUUACUCCGACAACUAAAGCUGCAGAUCACGAUGUUCCUGUAACACCAGAUGAGAUUGUUCGACGUGGUCUUAUGACUCAAGCUGAUUAUGAUGAAGUGAGUAGGAAGGCAAUGAGCUUAUUUGAAUUUGGCCAGCGUGUAGCAUUGGAUCACGGUCUGAUAUUGGUGGACACCAAAUAUGAAUUUGGAAAGGGUCCUGAUGGUCAAAUUUAUCUGAUUGAUGAGGUGCAUACACCCGACUCAAGCAGAUACUGGAUUGCUCAUUCUUACCAGGAGUGCUUUCAGAAUGGUCUUGAGCCUGAAAAUAUCGAUAAGGAAUUCUUGAGGCUGUGGUUCAAAGAUCAUUGCAACCCAUAUGAGGACGAGGUGUUGCCUGAUGCUCCAGAAGAACUUGUUUCUGAAUUAGCUUGGCGAUACAUUUUCCUAUUCGAGACAAUAACAAAUUCAAGAUUCGAGAUGCCCGGGACAAAGGAGCCUGUUAAUGAUCGGAUCUCGAGAAAUGUUUCACAGGCCUUAUCAUCAUUGCAGCAAUAACAUCAAACAGGAGAGCAUCUUGUGUAAGUUUUUAUGAGGCGGAGCAAGUAAUUUCUCCUGUGAUCCCUGAAGAAUUGUAUUUUAAGCUUCGGGUCGAGGAAGUUAGUCAAUGUUGUAAUGCUAUGUAACGCUCAGAUAACAACAGUUAUGCAUCAUCCCCAAGUAAGUUGGGGUCCAUAAAGUGACUAAGCUUUGUCCGUAACCCUCCUGCUUUAUUCAGCCUUAUGAUCGACAAAGGAAGCAAGUUCAUACAGUUAUGUGUUGCAAAUUCAUUUCUGCACACUUAACUUUGAGUGAUGGUCUCAACAACUGUGUGUUAAUGAACUUAAUCAGUGGAUGUCAGUCACUUGUAUAGCUUGUUUUUGUGAAAUGGCCCAAAAGGUAGAAAAAGGAAAUCAUACUGUGGAAGGGUACUUCAAUCAUAUACUUCUAGCAAAUGAAGGAAUCUUAAGAAAGUGGUAGAUUGUAAUUGUUCAGUAAAUUCUUUUUGGUUUGA